AUGGCCGCCAACUACUCUACGCAGACCUAUACCAUCCCUCAAAGUCCGCAGCUGUAUGCCGGGCAACAACAGCCUUCGCCGGCCAACUCGGCCUCUCCGACCUCGCCUCGAAUGCACGCUUACAUCCAACAACAUGCUCCCAACCCCUACAAACAACUUCGCCCGUUGAAGUCUCCUCUCUACGUCCCUGCGGUGCUACGACCGACCGAACACUUUUCCACUCCCUCCCCCAUGACCCCGCCCAAGAGUCUGCAUGAAUCACUGGACAAUUUGCGAGACCCCGAAGCUCAACCCGCCACCCCGGAACCGCAGUAUCCUGCCGAGUUCGAGACCUUUGACCCCGAAUGGGUUCACGAAGAGGAGCUGGGCGAAGUGACCGGUCCCCCUACCAAGGAACAUUGGAAGCCCGAUGAAGCUUCUCCCACUUGCGAUUCCCCCCAAUGUCGCUCGACCUUCAACCUCUUUGUCCGCAAACAUCACUGCCGUCACUGUGGACAUAUCUUUUGCUCCUCACAUACUCCCUUCACCAUCCCCCUCGAUCAGUAUGCCAAGUUCCAUCCGGACGGAGUUCCGUCCAGAGCCUGCGAAACCUGUCAUCGCCAGUAUCAACGCUGGGACACUGCAAGAUCCAUGCGCCGCAAAAAUAGCCAGAAUAGCAAGGACGAAGGCCCCGAGAGCGGGCCACCAACGCCUCUCGCGGGGCCGACAGGCCAUCGGAGAAUGAUGUCGGGCACGCUUCGCGGCGGAAAGCCUGUCGAACAAGUCGCCGCCAGCGUCCCCAAGGACUGGCAUUGGUCGACCUUCUGA